AUGCCAGCCCAGAUAUCCAACACCGCCUGCCAGUCACUCGAUCAGCAGCGACAAUUAUGGCUCAACUCCAUCAAAACUGUUUCAUUUAACAAAACCGAUAAAACCUCAUGCUAUUCAACGGAAGAGAAAAUGCAUCAUCACCUCCUCAUCUAUUUCCGCGAAUGGUUUCGCUACACUAUGCAAACAUCAAAAACCACAGAUUACCAGCAGCUUAUCGGACUCGAGUUUCCAACCGGUAAAUAUUCACGCAAAGAGCAUUCCCCAAGCGAAGCACUCCCGAAGUAUGUCAUUCAGCUGCCAGAGACUCUUGAUAGUAACGGCCCUGGAAAGUAA